GCGCUCAUUAAGCUGGAUAAACUGAUUAAUCAUGAUAAGAAGCCUAAGAACACUAUCAAUAAAGAUUGGGUAAUUAACAUGUCAAAAAGGAGCCUCAGUGAAAGCGAAUUGUCGGWAUUAGCGAAAGGUUUGAACUACGCUCCUGCACCUAGRAAGGUUCCUGUUGAGAAAUUUAUUGUGGAAAUUGAGUCCUCUAUUUAUAAUCUUAAUGCUGAAGCUAGAUCAGAAGUAAGAAACAAAAUUAGCAAUGUCCUUGCGARUGCAAAACCUCCUAAUAACAACUUAACUAAGGAUGAGAAGAUAGCCUUGAAAUCUCUACGCGAAGAUGCUAGCAUCGUUGUGUUGAGAGCAGAUAAAGGAAACUCUACUGUUGUCAUGGAUCGAGAUGAAUAUGACCAAAAAUUGAAGCGCAUGUUAGACGAUAAGAAAACCUAUCAGCGACUACAGAAAGAUCCUGCUAAAUCAAGCGAGUCUGGAUUAAAGGCCCUUUUGCUAAAGAUGAAAGAAAGGUUACCUGACAACACCUACGAAUCACUGUGCGUCACUGAUGGCAUCACGCCGAGACUGUACGGCUUACCUAAGAUUCAUAAGGAUGGAACACCGCUUAGGCCUAUCCAGCUUUUGAAGGAACUAGAUGACAAAUCUACACGGUAA